ACUUGACAUGGGUAUAUUGCCUAAAACCUGUUCGCCUUUUCGCUCUGCACAUCACAAAGUGCUGUCCAUCGUGUAUGUUGUCCUCUGGAACUCUAUCAUAACUCUCGUGAAGGCAUUAAAUUCAGCGAAAAUCUGCAGAAUCUAGGCGCUCAUCACUCGUUUUCUCCGGAAUUCCGCAGUUUAUAAGCGGGAUUGCUCUCGUCUUUCGUUUGCUGAAUUGCGCCGCGGCGAUGUCUAGGAACAUUCUGGUGACCGGCGGAGCAGGGUAUAUCGGGAGCCACACGGUGCUGCAAUUGCUCCUGGGUGGAUACGCCGUCGUCGUGGUCGAUAAUCUGGACAAUUCUUCGCCUAUUGCUAUCAACAGAGUGCAAGAGCUUGCUGGCGAAUAUGGCCGCAAUCUCGCUUUUCAUCAGAUUGAUAUUCGUGAUAAACCUGCACUGGAGAAGCUUUUUUCCUCAAAUAAGUUUGAUGCUGUUAUCCAUUUUGCUGGAUUAAAAGCAGUUGGGGAAAGUGUGCAGAAACCUCUGAUGUAUUAUAACAACAACCUUAUCGGUACAAUUGCUCUCUUGGAAGUGAUGGCAGCCCAUGGAUGCAAAAACCUUGUGUUUUCUUCAUCUGCCACUGUUUAUGGUUGGCCAAAAGUAGUCCCAUGCACAGAGGAGUUCCCUAUAAAUGCUGCAAAUCCAUAUGGGAGAACAAAGCUUUUCAUUGAAGAAAUGUGUCGUGAUGUACGCCAAUCAGACUCUGAGUGGAAAAUCAUAUUGCUCCGAUACUUCAAUCCAGUUGGUGCCCAUCCUAGUGGCCAUAUUGGCGAAGACCCACGGGGAAUCCCCAACAACCUCAUGCCAUUUAUACAACAAGUUGCUGUUGGAAGGCGGCCUGUGCUGACUGUUUAUGGAACUGAUUACUCAACUAACGAUGGUACAGGGGUACGUGAUUACAUUCAUGUUGUUGAUUUAGCAGACGGCCAUGUUGCUGCAUUGAAUAAAUUGGGUGAUUCUUCAAUAGGUUGUGAAGUAUACAACUUGGGAACUGGGAAGGGUACAUCUGUCUUGGAAAUGGUAGCAGCAUUUGAGAAGGCAUCCGGAAAGAAGAUUCCACUGGUCAUGGCUGGCCGACGUGCUGGUGAUGCUGAAGUUGUCUAUGCAGCAACUGAGAAGGCAGAACGUGAACUAAACUGGAAGGCAAAGUAUACAAUUGAAGAGAUGUGCCAGGAUCAGUGGAAUUGGGCCAGCAAAAACCCAUAUGGCUAUGAAGGGUCUGCUGAGAACUCUACAUGAUUUUCAACAAUAACUGUUCAUCAUGCCUAGUAGUAAGCUUUUUAUAUGGCCAAUAAGAAUACUUCUUAAUUUGGUUUUAAUGUAUUCUUAUUUAUUAAAAACAAUAAUUGUCCUUGCAGAUGUAGGUGCAGUAGUUUCAAUUUCUUCUUUUUUUGAGCUAAUAGUAAUAUGGCUCUGAAUGUAAAUAAAAAAUGGGUGUGUUCCAUCCAUGGAUUACUAGUUUGAAAAAAAUUCUCCUAUUAAAU